AUGAACGAAUCCCUUCGAAUCCUCGUUGUAGGUGCUGGCAUUGGCGGCUUGGCGGCUGCCGUUGCUUUGCGACAACAGGGCCACCAUGUUACUGUGUUGGAGAAAUCCCAAUUCGCCAACGAAACAGGCGCUGCGAUAGGCUUACAGCCAAAUUGCACGGUGCUUUUACGACAGCUGGGCAUCGAGCCAGAAGAUAUCGGCUCGACACUUCUGGAAGACAUGUCGAUUGUUGAUGCCUACACUCUGGAGCCGAUCAAAGGCAUAGCCGACAAGGUGAGGGAGGCUGCCGUACGGCCGGCGCCCUCGCCCGAGACGAAUAUCUACUUCAUUCAUCGUGCUGAUUUGCACUCGGCCUUGAAGCGCAAAGCUGUUGGGCUGGAUGGUGAAGGGAAGCCAAUUGACCUGCGUCUGGGCUGCCAAGUGAAGAAAAUUGACCAUACCACUGCGACGGUCACAUUGACUGAUGGCACUACUGUAGAGGGUGACGUGAUUAUCGGGGCUGACGGAGUUCACUCAGCUUGCCGGAAGAUGCUGCUCGGCUCCGAGUUCCAAGAGACGCCAUCUCCACUCAGUUGCUUCCGGACUUUGAUCCCAACCAAGCAGCUUUUGGAAGAUCCCUUGACAGCGGGGCUUGUCAGUCGUCCGGGAAAGAUGACCGAAGCCGCGAGUGACGAUAGGAAAAUAAUCUUCUAUCCCUGCUCGGGCGGAUCACAGACAAACGUUCUUGCCAUCUUGCCGCGAGACAAUGACGGAUCAAAGAGCGUCGAGAACAACAAAAGAUUACAAUUUCUAUCUGCUUACGCCAAUUUUGCCGCGCCUCUCCGUCACAUGAUCCAGCAUACGGCCGAGGAAAACAUCACCAUGUGGGAUCUUUUUUAUUUGGAUCCUUUGCCAAAAUGGACCAACAAUUUCGCAGCUUUGAUGGGGGAUGCAGCCCAUCCAUACGCACCAUCACAGGGAUCCGCGCAGGCCAUUGAAGACGCCAUCUCUUUGUCCGUUAUGCUGAGGAAGGGCACCCAAGCCUACGAGAUACCUACUAGAUUACAAUGGUACGAAGAAUGCCGAAAGGCUCGAGCAACGAAGAUACAGAACUUCAGCCAUGGGCGUACAGGGGAUUCUGCUGAGAGAGACAAGCCGCAUGCAGCGGGUCAAGAGAUUCACCAAAUAGCUGGAUACAUCAUGAGACACAACGAGUACAUCAACUCUUCUACAUUCCUGGCCAGCAAGCAAGCCUUGUCGUAG